CUUCUGCGUGAUUUCAUCCCGACUUGAGACACCUGUUGCUCCAGUUUCGACUCACAGGUGCCACUUUCUCUCGGCGAGCAGGUCGAGAGGGAGGGAGAGUCCAAACUCGGAUAUAUUUAUUUUUUUUCUCCAAAACAUUUAGCCAAAAAUAAUUGAACUAGUGUGAUGAAAGUGACGGUGACUUUCGGGGACACCGCCGUGGUGGUUCCCUGCAAAGCUGGAUGGACGGUCCGGGAUCUGGUGGAACAAGCCACGCGGAGGUACCACCGGAUACAGCAGCAGGAUGGGGAGAGUGCUGUAAAAACCCACCACUUGGAGUACGCUGAAGGAGGCAUCCUGGACAUGGACGACCUGCUGAGCGAUCUGGUGGAAGACAGAGACAAGCUGGUGGCAGUGUUUCAUGAAGUCCAGAAUGAGAGGACGGACAGCCCAAGAGAGAGCAUGUCUAAUGGCUACUCCAGUGCCGCUCCGAGUCCGGAUCCCCUCCACUACUAUUCCCACCUGCAGUACCAGGAGCCAGGCAGAGGAGAGAUCGAAGUCAACGAAGCCAGCCUCAAAGCCAACACUCCACUGUUGGUGAGGAGCAGCAGCGACUCUGCCUUGGCCCCACCCUUUGAGGUGACACCCACGCCUCCAUCUGACGACCACAGCAGCGGGUCUCCUGAACCGGAGAUCAACCAUGUACUGAGAGGAGCUCUGGACCGACUGAGCGCAGACGACCGUCCCGCCAAGAUGAGCCAAGUUAACUUCAGUACUCUGACGAGGACAGUUGAGGUCUCAGGCGAUCAGGGGCCCCUGGGGAUCCACGUGGUCCCCUACUGCUCCUCUCUCAGCGGACGAACCCUGGGCCUCCACAUUAAAGGCAUCGAGGAAAACAGUCGCUCCAGGAAGGAGAAUAUCUUCAAGGAGGACGAGUGCAUUGUUCAAAUCAACGACACGCCACUGCAGGACAAGACCUUUGCACAGUCACAGGAGGUGUUCCGCCAGGCCAUGUCCUCCUCUGUAGUGCGUCUGGAGGUCCUACCAGGCGCCAACAGGCCACGCUACGAGAAGAGCCUGAUCGGCCAGCUCUUCACCGGCGACGGCAAAGACACCACCGCAAAGGCGAAGAGCCCCAUGCUGGUCCGCCCUAAAGCCGACUCCCACCCAGAGCCCAAACCAGAUCCCAAACUCAACACCAAAUCAGAAGUAAGGCGACCAGACACUCGUGCCAAGACCCCAGAGCCAGCUUUUCGAAGCGCAUCACCAGCGGAGCUCCAGCCUGGUCGCGGCACAUUGGAAAGAGUUAGUCCCACGCUUCCAUCCAGGCCAGUGAGCUCUUCCCCGACGCCCAGGACCGACAACCAGAGCCCUACCACUAAGAACCCUGUUCUACCCGGCCUGGCUAACCUUACCAACAAGAAGGGUGGCAAGAAGAUACAAAUCGACCUGAAGAAAGGCACAGAGGGUCUGGGCUUCACUGUGGUAACCAGGGACUCCACUGUCCAUGGACCAGGGCCAAUCUUAGUGAAGAAUAUCCUGCCGCGCGGCGCAGCCAUCAAGGACGGCCGCCUGCUGCCCGGAGACCGCAUCCUGGAGGUGAAUGGAGUCGACAUGACAGGCCGUAGCCAGGAGGAACUCGUGGCCAUGCUGCGCAGCACCAAGCAGGGAGAGAAUGUGUGUGUGGUGGUGGCGCGGCAGGAGGACAUCUUCCUGCCUCGGGAGCUGAAAGGGGAGGAAGCCGGCAGCGUGGUGUUGGAGGACGGACGUGAGCAGCUGAUGUACGAGAUCCCCCUCAAUGAAACGGGCUCGGCGGGCCUGGGGGUCAGCCUAAAGGGGAACAAGUCCAGAGAGACAGGAGAGGACCUGGGGAUCUUCAUCAAGUCCAUUAUACACGGAGGGGCCGCUUAUAAGGAUGGCCGGCUGAGCGUCAACGACCAAAUGAUUGCGGUUAACGGCGAAUCGCUGCUCGGCCGCUCCAACCACGCCGCCAUGGAGACGCUGAGGAGGUCCAUGUCGUCGGAAGGAAACGCCAGAGGGACCAUCCAGCUCGUCGUGCUCCGAGCACCCAGACAGGGACAGCAGAUGGGGAGUGCCAGCCCUUUACCAAGCACAAAUAGAAAUGUCUCCGCCGCCCAUCAACCCAACACCCAAGCAGGCUCCAGCAAUCAGGAGCCGUGGGGCCAUGAUGCAUACCAGAGACCUUCAGGACCCUCCAGACCCUCAAGCACAGAGUCGGGCACAAGUCACUCCCCGAUGAUGACCAACAAUUAUGCAUACUCUGGAAGUGCUUCGUAUCCCGCUGCGGCCACCAACGGCAGUCACUACGGCAACGACGACGAGGAGUCGGAGCAAGACUUCCCCCCGCCGCCCUCCCCUGGCGCCGUGGAGGAAAUGAAUAGAGACUUGCCACUAACUCCCCCUCACCCCAGCGAGUUCCAUUCGCUGCCCCACGCGGCCGAGGCUUUCUACGCAAACAGCAAACUCGUCAGCGAUAAGGACAACGUGCCUCGCAACAGGGCAUCCAAGAGCAUGGACUUGGUGGCUGACGAGAGCAACGUGGGAUCGCUGGUCGAGCAGAGGAAUGAUCCUUCAGCCGGUGGAGCUUUAGGUCCAACCCUGGGCCUGUGGAAGUCCAGCUCCCUAGAGAGCCUCCAGACGGCCAUGUCAGAGGUCAAGCAGAGCCACAUCCAAGCUCAGGUGCCAUUUCACCGCCCACGGCCACACAUGGUCCGAGGGCGGGGAUGCAACCAGAGCUUCCGCAUCGCCAUCGACAAGUCCUACGAUGGACCCUCUGAAGACGACGACGACCUGUCAGAACACAGCUCCGGCCACGAAACGCCCGCCAGCAGCUCCUCUCGCCAGGGACUGGACGAGGAUGGAAAGAAGAAGAAGAAGACCAAACCAAAGAAAAAAGAGAAGAAGGUCAAAGGGAAGAAGAAAGCAGAGGAUUCAGUGGACGACCAGGAGAAGAAAACCAAGAGGAAAGGAUUUGGGCUCCUAAGGUUUGGGAAGAAGAAAGAAGACAAGAACAAAGACGCAGCAAAAACAUCAAAAAGCAAACUGGAGGCCUUGAGUGAAGAGGAGCUGGACAGGAUCCCUGACAGCAGAGAUGGCUAUGAUCCACGUUAUGCUGAAGUCCACUCCGGUCACAUCACUCCUGACCCGGCUUCCCUCCCCGACGUGGAGGACGAUGACAGCGACCCCAACUACGCCCGCAUCAACAACUUCCGCCAGCCGCCGUCCCCCCGGCCAUUCAUCAGCCGCACGCCCUCCCCUGCAGCACCCAUCGGGGGUCUUCAACUGCCUCGAGCAUCCUCCGAGGAGCUCGAUGGGAUCUACGCCAAGGUCAACAAGACCAGACCCCCGCCUGCUCUGCAGCACCAGGCCCAGGCAGACAGCGAUCAGCGUGUCCAGGGGUUGCGUAGGGAGUACCAGCAGGCCCGGGCAGCUCCAGCGUACGAAGAGCUGGAAGUCGCGCGACGCCGAGCCCUGGAAUAUGAUCCCAACAGGAUGGCACCCAGAGCAGCCGAAUCCCGACCCGAGCACCUGUACGAGGAAACAGACAGACAGUACCCCACACAGCCCAGGAGGGAUCCGUAUGAUUACCCCACGCACUCCAGGCCUGUGCCCAGAGAUCCAGCCACUUACCCCAGCAGCUACCACGACCCUUCCAGUCACCCUGGCCGGGUGCCACUCCCUCACUCCCAGCAGGCGCCCACCAAUCCACGCUACUACCCCUCGUCUCCCCACGCAGGACAGCAGCACCGCGCCGCACUGAGGCAGGACGUCCCGCCUUCGCCCGGAGUCGGCCGGAAAGGGCGGCAACGCCACGAGGCCGCCAGAACGCACGGAGACGGCUACCGGCAGCCCAGCCCCGGCCGCUACGCCAGCCCAGACCGGUUCCCCAGGGCCCGCUACACCAGCCCCGACCGCUACCACUACGAAGACGGAAGGCAGCCCGACCCACGACGAAAAAGCCCCGCCAUAGGUGCUGUGUGAAAGGUCGCCCACUCAUGUGACCUCUCAGUGCUCCAAAGUCAGGUGUUUGAGAAACGAAU